AUGGAAACCGCGACUAAACAACGUUCGGCGGAAACGCUGCCCCCGGUGGGCGGCGACAACCGCCAGUACCUGACCUUCCGGCUCGACCGCGAAGAGUACGGGAUUGAAAUCCUGCGAGUGCAGGAGAUCAAGGGCUACGACCACCUGACGCCCGUACCGAGCACGCCGCACUACAUGAAGGGCGUGAUGAACCUCCGCGGGACCGUGGUCCCGAUCAUCGAGCUGCGGGCGCGCUUCGGCAUGCCCGAGCGAGAGGUCGAUCAGUUCACCGUAAUCAUCGUGGUGAAUGUCGGCUCGCGCGUCGUCGGCUUGCUUGUCGACACCGUCUCCGACGUGCUCGACAUCCCUGCCGAUGCGAUCUGCGACACGCCCGACCUCGCGUCCGGCAUUGAAGAGCAAUACCUCACCGGCAUGGGCAAAGUCAACGACAAGCUCGUGAUGCUGCUCGACCUGUCGAAGCUGAUCGGCGCUGAAGUGGCGUCGAUCGAAGAAAUCGCCGCGUAA